AACUACCAACCACAACUUCAUCAGUUGGAUUAUACAAACGACCCAGAAACGAGCGAUCCGAAGGACAAAUCGGAAAAACUCGGACAAAUAAGUGAGGCGGAGAGAAAUCAAAGAAUGGUGAUGGCUGCUCCCGCCUUGGAGGGUGCGGCCGUGACGGCCCUGCGUGCGGUGCUCCACCGAGUCCGUCAGGCCGCGGAGAAAUCCGGCCGCAGGGCCGAUGACGUGAGGGUGGUGGCAGUGAGCAAGACCAAACCCAUCUCUCUCAUCCACCAAGUCUACGACGCAGGUCAUCGCUGCUUCGGCGAGAACUAUGUCCAAGAAAUUAUCGACAAAGCACCUCAGCUUCCUGAGGACAUUGAGUGGCAUUUUGUUGGGCAUUUGCAGAGCAAUAAAGUGAAAUCCCUACUGGCUGCAGUCCCUAGUCUUGCCAUGGUUGAGGGUGUAGAUAAUGAGAAGCUUGCAAAUCAUCUUGAUCGCACAAUCUCAACCCUUGGAAGAAAGCCUUUGAGUGUCUUAGUCCAAGUAAAUACAAGUGGAGAAGAAUCAAAAUCUGGUGUUGAUCCAUCACGCUGUGUAGAGCUUGUGAAGCACGUUAAGCUUGGUUGCCCGAACCUUCAGUUCUCUGGCUUAAUGACAAUAGGGAUGCCCGACUAUUCAUCAACUCCGGAAAACUUUAGGACCCUAUCAAACUGUAGAACUGAGGUGUGCAAGGCCCUUGGAAUGGCAGAGAAUCAAUGUGAGCUGUCAAUGGGCAUGUCCGGUGACUUUGAGCAAGCGAUUGAAAUGGGCAGUACAAAUGUGAGAAUUGGAUCAACCAUAUUUGGACCAAGAGAUUACACCAGGAAAAAGUAGUAGUCUUUGUGUAUCAUUGUAUCUAGCUCCUACCUUGAAUCUGGCAACACACCUCGUGUAAGUUUAAUUGAUAGAUCCUAGCAACACCAGACGCCUCGUCUUUCCAUCAUCAAACCAAGUACAGAUUCAACUGUGAAAAUGUUAUUAUUAUUUGUACACAUUUUAUCAGGAUCCGAGAUUUAGGAGGAUUCCAUUCGUAUAUAAAGGUUGAGUGUACUGUAACUGUAGGUAUCACAGUUUGUGAGUUUAUCCUCAUUCGGGAUAGUUGUUUCAGAAAAGUUAUAUUUGGCAUAUGAAAAACUAAAAUCUCGAUUAGAGAUUUUUAUUUUUA